AAUUGAUGGGGGCUGAAAAGGUCCCACGUGCUGAAUAAAGCUCCUGAGUAUGAAAGCCUUGCAAUUGAAAUUCCCACUUGGGCUUUUAUCUCCCCCUUUUUUUUUUUCCCAGUUUGAUAGUAUACCUCCGUCUUUCUUCCAUCUUCAACAAAGAAUUGAUAAGCGGGGAGAUGGAAGAAUAUCUCUUACGUCAUCUCUAUUGAUAGUUGUACUUUGUGGUGACUAUGCAAUCAACUGAGUUGCGCUCUUGGUACGAUCUGGGUUUCAUCAGAUUCCGAGGGAUUCUGCUGAUUCUUCAACUGUUUGAGACCUGCCGGUGGAUAAUAGAUUGCAUCAUGGGUUGGCUAACCAAGAUUUUCAAGGGUUCCAGCCACAAACUCUGGGAAGGGCAAUAUCAUGGAAAAUAUGAAGAUGAUGCAAUUUGGGAAGGACCUUCUACUUCAGUGGAUGUCUGGUCAGAUUUUGACAAUGAAGAAAUUGAUCAUGCAAUAGCGCUUUCUCUUGCAGACGAGGAUCAGAGAGCUGUUGCAGAAGAGGAACAAAAAGCUAGUGACGAAGAAGAUCAGAGAGCUGUUGCAGAAGAAGAUCAUCAAGAAGCUCCGGAAGAAAAAGAUCACAAAGGGAAGAAAGUGAUUGAGGAUGAGCCUAAUUUGGAGGAAGAUGAGCAACUCGCAAAGGCUCUUCAAGAAAGUUUGAAUGUGGAGUCUCCACCAUCCCCACCUCAAUAUGAUUAUGGAAGUUUUUUCCCACCCUAUCAGUUCUUCUAUCCAUCCGGGUACAGGAUCUGUGCUGGUUGUAAGGCUGAAAUUGGUCAUGGACGAUUUUUGAGUUGCAUGGGAGCUACUUGGCAUCCAGAAUGCUUUCGGUGUCAUGCUUGUCAGCUACCAAUAUCUGAUUAUGAGUUUUCAAUGUCUGAGAAUCGGCCAUACCACAAAUCCUGUUACAAGGAGCUGCAUCACCCUAAAUGUGAUGUCUGCAAGAAUUUUAUCCCAACAAAUGCAGCUGGUCUCAUCGAGUAUAGGGCACAUCCUUUCUGGCUACAAAAGUACUGCCCAUCUCAUGAGCAUGAUGGAACUCCUCGUUGUUGCAGCUGUGAGAGAAUGGAGCCAGUGGAUGCCAGAUACCUUAUCCUUGAUGAUGGUAGAAAGUUGUGUCUGGAGUGUUUAGACUCUGCAAUAAUGGACACUAAUGAAUGCCAACCUCUUUACCUUGAAAUACAAGAUUUUUAUGAAGGUCUAAAUAUGAAAGUAGAGCAGCAAGUUCCUUUGCUCUUGGUUGAGAGACAAGCACUUAAUGAAGCCAUGGAAGGAGAAAAGCAUGGUCAUCAUCACAUGCCUGAGACCAGAGGACUUUGCCUGUCAGAAGAACAAACCGUUAGCACUAUUUUAAGGCGGCCAAGAAUUGGUGGUUAUCGAAUAAUAGACAUGUUCACUGAGCCGUAUAGGCUAAUCCGCCGAUGUGAAGUGACAGCAAUCCUCAUUUUGUAUGGUCUCCCCAGGUUGUUGACUGGGUCCAUCUUGGCUCAUGAGAUGAUGCAUGCGUGGCUAAGGCUUAAAGGUUACUCCAAUCUAAGUCCGGAGGUUGAAGAAGGGAUUUGCCAGGUUUUAGCUCAUAUGUGGCUGGACUCUGAAAUCAUAGCUGGUUCUGGUAGUAAUGUUGCUUCUACUUCUUCAUCCUCAUCAUCUGCCUCCUCCUCGUCCUCUUCAAACUCUUCAAAAAAGGGCAAACGCUCUCAGUUUGAGAAGAAACUUGGCGAGUUCUUCAAACAUCAGAUCGAGUCAGAUACCUCAGUAGCUUAUGGAGAUGGAUUCAGAGAAGGUAACAAGGCAGUUCUCAAGUAUGGGCUGAGGAGAACCCUUGAUCACAUCCGGCUUACUGGAUGCUUUCCGUAAUAAAUGGCUCGGACAUCUCAAUCUUGUCACUUAAUCAUCAAUACUUUUUCUGGUCGUUUGUAUACCAGUUCUGCAGCUCUGAAGCGCCUACAAACCAAACAUAUCAGACAACAAAUGCUCUAAAAUGCUGCUAUCUUGUGAAUCAUGUAAUUGAUACUCUUUCAACAUUGGAGUCCUUGUAGUACAUUACUAUUAGCCAAACAUGUGUUGAUAAAUAAUAGAAAGACACAUACUCGUAAAAUUAAAUGAAUAUACACGGUCAUUUUUUAUGUGCAAA